AAGAAUUUAAAAACACAGGGACGUUGACAUUGUCGAGCCGUUACAGGGACACGAGAGUCGCCCUCAAUUUGGCUUUGCACAGAUCUGCGUGCGCGAGCAGUCAUGGUAAAAAUCAGCUUUAAGGCCAUAGCCGGACAAAAAACCGACAAGGACGAGGGUGAUGGCGAUAAGACGCAAAUAUAUAUCCAGCACCCACAUGAAGAGCUGAUUCUGCGUGGAGGACGAAGCCGUUCAUCUCUAAGUGGUCUCUGCUGCCUGACCACUGCCCUAAUAAUAUGCACAUGCAGUCUCAUCUAUGCCUCCAUCUACAUCUACCGCUACUACAUCACCCCACAGGCUCCAGACCAGAGUGAGUUCCACUGUCAUGUGACUUAUGAGAAUGCAGUAAGUGCACCUCAACGUGGGGCAGAGGCGCUCGAGGAGAACGUGGGCAUCUACCUGCAGGAGAACUACGAGCAGAUCAGUGUUCCAGUAGCCAGGUUCAGCAAUGCUGACCCUGCCACCAUCAUCCAUGACUUUAACAGGGGGCUCACGGCCUACCAUGACAUUGCUCUGGAUAAGUGUUAUAUCACUGAACUGAACACCACCAUUGUAAUGCCUCCACGAAACCUCUGGGAAUUGCUCAUCAAUGUCAAGCUAAGAACCAAACAUAAGGGAAUUUCUCUUCCACAGACAUAUAUCAUUCAGGAGGAGAUGAUUGUGACUGGUAAGAUUCCCAACACCCAACAGUUUGGCAUGUUUAUCCAUAGACUGUGUAAUGGCAAAGAUACUUACCAGCUCACACGUCGCAUCACCCGCAGACGCAUUUUCAAACGCGAGGCCCAGAACUGCCAUCCUAUUCGACACUUUGAGAAUACCUUCGUGGUGGAGACAAUGAUAUGUGAUGCACCAUAGGGCCUUCCUGUGUUCAUUCUUCCAUCAUUAAUGAACGCACAUGCUUGGGGGCUCUGUAGCAAAUCCGUCAUUAAUGACAGAUAGCACUUUUGAACUCGCCUCCCCUUAUCGCUCCUUAUUUCUCUCCAUGACCAAAUUAUUCAUAAUUGCAAUAAUUAGUGGUGUUUUUAAGUAGAAGUGCUUCCAGAAAUUAUACAGUAGCACUGUUUGUGUUUGUGCUCUGAUGAUAAAUCUUGCCAGGCAUGUUCUUAAAAGAAUUUAGUGCAUGUUUUGAGAUCAGAGACCAAGGUGAGCUUGUCAGUGUGGUGUCUCAUGGUGUCUCAGUGACGUGCAUGCUUUGAGGUUAGAGAAAAUAGUGAGCUUAUCAGUUUGUCAAGAUCAGAGAUUGCAUGAGAUCAUUGUCUCAGUGACUGUCUUUGUGUGUCCUUUUCACUUCAUCUGAGGUCUGUUAGGAUGGUUACAUAGAUCCUUCACUCUGUGUUUGUAUUUAUUUCUAAACAUUAACAUUUCUCAUGUUUCUCUAAUUAUACUUGUAGCAACAGUUGUUAUUAAUUUCUCCAUAAAGUCCAUGUUAUCUCUCAGACAGGUUGCUGUAGCGUGUAAAUUAGUGCUUUGCACUGGAGAAUGUAAUUCCAGACUCAUGCCACAUGGACCACCACACAAAUCACAUGGUCAUUAUUCACCCAGAGUGUAAAUAUCCAUAUUUAUCUGCUUCAGUGUUAUGGAUUAAAUUGUCCAGUUUACAGAAAUGUAGCCCAAUGAACACGUGAAAAUAAACACAAUGACCACUUUAUAACACAAACGUUCUGUAUUUGGUGGUGUUUUUUUUUUUUUAAUUUUUUAAAAUCUUUUCUAAGUAAUUUACAGUCACAGUUAGGACUGUGACAAAUGUACUUUUCUUGCAUCGUAUUGUAACCCAUGAAAUGACAAUGCCCAUCGUGAAUACUGGAAUAGAAGGCUGUUCCAUUUUGCUGUAACCUCAAACCUAAAAAAAUAUGAGACAUGAGUAUAUAGUUUCCUCAUUAAGUCCCUGAAUGUGCUUUUGAAUAAAAUAUAAUUUUGUGCUCUG